AUGUUGAAACGAUUCAAGUCGAAUGGAAAGACAAAAGCUGCUCAGAGUAUCGGAUUAGUCCCGAUGGAACUCAAUUCCCAAGAACAGAUCACUGCACCCAUCAAUCAGACUUUCACCCUCUUCCCGAACCUUCCUCUCGAGCUCCAGCGCAAAGUAUGGGAGUUUGCUGCCGUCCCAAUUCCGCGAGCGAUUGAAAUCCAAAGCAAAUUCAAAGAAAACACCAACAAAUACGUAAUAUCUUUCUACAACAAAGUCUUCUUGUUUCAACCUCGCUGCCGAUUUUACACAAUCACCUCUCCUGUCCCAACAAAUCUUCUGCAUGUCUGUAGCGAAUCCCGCAAUAUCGCUUUGCGAAACUACAGCUUUCGGACUUUUUUCCGUCGCCCGUUUUACCUGAAUGAAGAUACGGAUAUUCUCUGGGUGCGAGGCCCAGCCAUUGUUGGUUUUCCGACAAGAAAUGGUAUAAUCACACAAUGUCCCCGGGAAGAAGGAACAUCCCACCUCCUGGUCUCAAAAUACAAGUUCCGCCAUCUCGCCAUCGAUUACCAAGCCCAGCACAAACCAUUCCCUAUGUGGUCGAAUUUCUUCCCGGGCCAGCGCGAUCGUUGCUGGAAUACAUGUUUUUGGUAUUCCUAUAUUUUGGAGGGUCCUGCGUUUGAGAAAAUCUACUUGGUGUAUACGAAACAGGAAGAGCAGAAGAUGGCGCAGGAGGAAGCGGAGAGUAUGUUUGAGCUGGGGAAAAUUUUUAUGGCGGCGAGGGAGAAGCAUGUACAGGUGUUUAUUCCGGGGGUGUUUAUUUGUAGAGCUACGGAGUUGAGGCGGAGAUUGGGAUUAGGAUUUAAGGUCCCUCUUAUUGAAGCGAUUUUGGAUGCAGAGCUCAUGCAACAGUUUCUCUAA